AUGAUGGAUGGUUUGAUACUGUUUCGUCGACCCAGGAAAAUUGUCAAGUCAAAAUUGUCAGAAAAUGAUAAUUAUGUUUAUAAAUCAGGAAAAAAAAUGAAUAUUUCUAUCACAAAAAAGAACUCAUUUUCAAACAAUCAUUUACCUAUUUCAAAAGAUAAUUUAUUUUCUUCGAUUGGAACGAGAUUGAAUUUCAUGAAUAAAACUAAAACUAAACGACAAGAAGACGUUACAAAUCUUGUCAACAAUUCAUUUGGUUGUCUUCUUAUAAAAGGUGAUAUGGCUAAUGAAACAUCUAGCGGAAAAGGAAAAGCUUCUAAUACUCAUAAUGAUAAUGAAUAUCAAUAUCCAAUUGAAAUUUGUAAUAAUUUUCAAAUAUCUAAUCAUACCCAAAUAACACAUGAUUUAAAGCAAUUAACAUCUACUAUUACCAAGGGAUCAUUUUCAGAAAAUAAUUUUAAUGAUAUUUUACAAAUUAUUCCUAAACCUAUAAAACGUACACCAUUAUAUCAUGGUUUAAUAUUAAUAGCUCAUGAAUUAAGAACUAUUUUAACUAAAACUAUUGAUACAGAUAUAACAUGUUCAAUAGAGAAAGUACCAAGAAAUUUUCAACAAUCAUUAGAUAAAUAUCAAAUGAAUUAUGUAAUUGUUUUAAAAGAGAAAAUGAACUACAAUCAGCUCAUUUGGUAUAAUUCAUCUGAAGAUAAUACAAUGAAACUGAUAAGAUUUCAAGAGAAUCUGAAAUCUAAUGAAUUUUGUCAAACAACAUAUAUAAAACCCGAACAAGUCAAAUUGUUGGAUUCAUAUUACUCAGGAGGCCAUUCUGUUACUUUGGAAGCUUGUCAGUUGAAGUAUUUACCAGACUUAUCUGCAUUUUAUGUGACGCUGAGAUUCCUCAAUCUUUCUAGGAAUUACUUAGAGGACCUUCCAAAUGAUUUUUGUUUAUUAAACAAUUUGGAAUUUUUAUCAUUACGUUCUAAUCCUUUACGUAAAAUACCUAAAUCAAUUAUCAAAUUAAAACAAUUAAAAUCAUUGAAUUUAUCUUAUUGUUUAAUUGAACAUUUAACUUAUGAAUUUUAUAAUCUAAAAUCAUUAGAACAACUAGAUCUAUCAUACAAUUGUCUUACAUACCUUGAUAGUCAAAUAAAAAAUUUAGAGCAUUUAAAAGUACUGAAACUUAGUGGUAAUGACCUAACUGGUAUUCCUCCUGGUCUUCUAUGUUUAUGUGAAAAAUCUUUGGAAAGCUUAAAUUUAAAUGACAAUCCAUUAUUAUGUUUAUUUCCAAAAGAGUUUAAAAAUAACUCUUCGAUUGAAAUUCAAUCUUUAAGAGUAUUAGCUAGCUUAAAAAUGAGAGAUCUACUCAAUGAAACCAAUAUAAAAAAUGAAGAAAGUUCCAGAGAAAAACCUGAACAGUAUAUAUUGAUUACUAAUUCAGAGGAGAACAACGCAAAUUUUCUUCAGUUUCGGAAAGUUUCUGACAAAGAAGAAUCUACUAUGUUAAAUAAGUUGUUGAAUCCCUCUGGUUCUUGUUGCUGGUGUGGCAUGGAUAGAUAUGAUAAAAAGAAUACAAUAUGUAUGCAUUGUGUUGAUUUAUUCAACUAUUCAGCGGUUCCAAUAUGUAUGUUAUGCUGUGGAAUUCAAUGUGCAAAGGAAGUUAAACAAUGUAGUACAUCUGAGCAAUUUGCAAAACGAUAUUAUAAAAGUUAUCAAAACUAUACAAAUAGAUAGUUAGGUGAAUUGUGUUAGUUUUAUAAAUAUUGGAAAGAUAUUGCUUUUAGUCAUUUAAUGAAAUCAAACUCAUAAUCAAUUCUGGAAGUUCAAAAGUAUAGUGCUAAUGUGUUUGACUUUGUUUAGGUUGAUAGAGCAUAACAAAACUGAAAAAAAUUGGUCCACUAAUUUAAAGCUAAGAUUAUUUACAACGUUUUCAAAAUAUAAUAAGGUUUGAUCCACAUUAGUGGUUGGGAUAGGAUAUCAGUUUUCAGUUCAAGAUUUUGGAAAAAAAUAUUUAGCUAUGACUGAGACUAAAAAGAAAAGAAACUACAACAAUUUACUUUGUGAAAUCGGCUCUUAUUGCCUGCAGAUGUAGCAGGAUAUCUUUGGUUCAAAUAUUCCCUGAUAAAAUUACCUAAAUUGUAUGGACAAAAAUUUAAAAAGUUAAUUAGAAGGCUCUAUCCACUUUACUGAACGAACUAUUCUUCAUGGUAUUCACCUCGACACCAACUGUAUGUAUCACUCGUUAUAUCUGAAAUAAAUAUCUCAUAUGAUGUAGAUUGUGAACUGAUCUGUUAGAUAACCAUUGAAAACCCUGAAGCAAUAAACGGUUGUUUCACCCUAGUAUGAUACUUUUCAAUAUGUGUCCAAAAAACAACAACCGGGUUAACUUAGUGGCUAAAUUCAGAAAAAGUAUGUUUGUGUGAAAUAGCUGUGUAGCAUGAAACUUAACAUAAGUAUGAAUCCGAUUUUUAAUUGUUCAUUAUGUUGGUUUAGUACACAUAUCCCUUUCAUGCUUAAUUUAAUUUAGAUUAAUCAAAAAACCAUUUAUUUUUGUGAUAGGUUUUUCCAUAACAUGAUGUUAUUAACACUUUUGUUUAUCUGGAUUGAUUUCUUAAGUUUCUGUCUAGAUUUGCUAAGAUUAUUAAGAAUAAGUCGAUUCAAUAACUAAUAACGAUAUGCAACAUAUUUUCUUACAUUCUGUAUAUUCCACAAUAGCAUCAAAAUUGUUUGUUGAAAUGUCAAUCAAUUGACUAGUCAUCAACAUAGUAUGAAACCCAAAUGCAUUUUACUCUACAUAGUUACACUCUGUACUUGCAUAGUGAGCUGUCAAAAGGAGAAAAAGUAGAUUAACCAAAAUAUCAAACACAAAGUUCUCUUUAGUAUGUUAUAGAAAAUGAGAUCCAAGGCUUGGGCGGAAGGAGAUGAAUGUAUCUAAUUAUUAGGUUCACGUCUACCUGUAAUAUUUAGAAAUCCAAACUAAAAAGUGGAGGGAAAAUAAUUAUAUCAAUGAACCUGGGUUAAAUUUGUUGUGAGGUUGAAUAAAAAUUUGUUUUCUAGUGACUGAAACGGGAUUCAACUUGUCUUUAGUAUUUCAACAUUUAUCAAUGAAUUUCUGUGGGUAGCACCUACGCUCAAUUUCCAUCAGCUCUUCUUCCAGUUCUUCAGUGGUAUAUAUUCUUCCUACCCCACAAAACGAUGUUUUAACCAAUACUUUCUUAUAACUGAUUUAACGGAAACUAAUAAAAUUAAGGCAGAACCUAUUAUAGAUAUUUUUGGCAAACCGAACCCUCAACUUUACGGUCAUCUCUCCGUUGUGUAGUACCACAAAAAAAGUAAGACAUUUUGUCCUUUCAACGUUCAUAGUGAACUGUAUGUUUGUUGAAAGGUUCGAAUAUGUGGGUUUCGCUACGUUCACUAUUAAAAACAAUAAAUGUCAUUAACGUGUUUGGAAUAUUUUGACACAGCAACUUUAAACCAAAUCAUUUUGUGACUCUAAUUUUUAAAUAUUACUGGUUGUAAGAAGCCGAAGAAAACCUAUCGGAACGAAAUGAAUCUAUGUUAUUCUGAUUAAAUCUUUUCUUGCACCCCUGAAGCUAAAACAACUACAUAAUUGGUAUUAAAAGACUAAACAUACAGACUAUAGUUAAAAUUCACCAAACGGAAUUGGGAGAUGAAAAGUAUGAUAUAAAACAUAAUAUAGGUGAUUAAAAUCAUAGUAAUCAGGACCACUAGCAUCAUAAUAUCAUUGGAGUUCUAGUGAGAAGCAGUA